AAAACUGUCUUCUGCAGGCAUUCCUGGAGUUUCAGGAUGAAGCCAGCGCUACAGCCAUGGUGAGUUAUUUCCAGACCAACCCAGCACAAGUGCGCCUGAAGCCUGUCUUUGUACAGUUCUCAAACCACAAGGAACUGAGGACUGAUGCUUCCCACGCUGCACAGAAUGCAAACGCCCAAGUGGCCCUUCAGGCGGCCCACGCUGUUAUGGGAUCUGACGAGCAGUCGACCAUCUUAAGGAUUAUCGUGGAUAAUGCAUUGUAUCCUGUGUCCCUAGACAUUUUAUAUCAGUUAUUUACAAAAUUUGGAAAAGUGUUGAAAAUUAUUACCUUCACAAAAAAUAACACAUUCCAAGCUUUAAUCCAGAUGUCGGAUGCCAUCUCAGCCGCUGCAGCAAAAACAUCUCUGGAUGGCCAGAACAUCUACAAUGGCUGCAACACCUUGAAGAUAGACUACUCAAAACUGAGCAACCUCAGCGUCAAAUAUAACAACGACAAAAGUCGGGAUUUUACUCGUCCCGACCUGCCUACCAAUGACCUUAAUCUUGAUGCAAUGAACCUUGGAGGUCAUCAUGGGGUUCUGAUGUCCUCACUCCCCUACCCAGGACUUAUAUCACCUCAGAUGACCACAGUGGGAGCUUUAUCUCCACACCAGCAAGCAGCACCCGGUUAUGGUGGAUACCCAGGAGUUCCACUCAGUGCUAUGGGUGCCAUGACUGCCAUGGGUGGGUAUGGGCUGCCACCUGGCUUUGGUGCUGCUAGAAUAGGUUUGCCUUAUACAACGGCCAUGGGAAGUUCGGUUAUUCUUGUUUCUAAUCUUGAUGAGGAGAUGGUCAGCCCAGAUGCUCUAUUUACUCUUUUUGGUGUGUACGGAGAUGUACAGAGAGUCAAAGUCUUGUUUAAUAAGAAAGACAAUGCACUUAUACAAAUGGCAGAUCCACACCAGGCACAACUGGCGAUCACCUACCUGGACAAAGCAAGACUCUGGGGAAAGCAGAUCAGAGUAGCCCAGUCUAAACACCAAGUAGUUCAGAUGCCCAAGGAAGGACAGUCUGAUGCCGGCCUUACUAAAGACUUCGUCAACUCACCACUUCAUCGAUUUAAACGCCCAGGAUCCAAGAACUGUCAAAACAUCUUCCCUCCAUCACAAGUUCUGCAUUUAUCCAACAUUCC